AUGAAGAAUUUCUCAUUUCCUAUGCAGGAUAACACACAUCAGACCGAGAGUCCUCCUCCUCACAGAUUCCUGAGUUUGACAAAUCAGUCAGAUCCUAUUGGAAGACCAGAAAGAGAUGAGCAAUUAGCUCAAGUAGAGAUUGCUGUACUGGGGGUCAUAUUUCUGACAGCGUCUGUGGGCAAUUUCAUUCUCAUACUGGUGCUGUGGCGAAGAAGAAAGAAGCUGUCUAGGAUGUAUGUGUUCAUGCUUCACCUCAGCAUUGCUGACUUAGUGGUAGCCUUUUUUCAAGUGCUGCCUCAACUCAUAUGGGAUAUUACAGACGUUUUCAUAGGGCCAGAUCUCUUGUGCAGAAUUAUCAAGUAUCUACAAUUACUGGGCAUGUUUGCCUCUACUUAUAUGAUAGUGGUUAUGACAGUGGACAGAUAUCAAGCAGUUUGCUACCCUAUGGUCACUUUCCAAAAGAAGAGAGCUCUCUGGAACAUCCCCAUUUGCACCAGCUGGUCUAUAGCACUGAUUCUUAGCCUACCGCAGGUAUUUAUCUUUUCUAAGACUGAAAUAUCUCCAGGUGUCUUUGAAUGUUGGGGUGAAUUUAUUCAGCCUUGGGGCCCAAGGGCAUAUGUGACUUGGAUUUUUGUAGUUAUAUUCUUCAUUCCCUCAGCAAUCCUUAUCACAUGCCAGGUCAAGAUUUGCAAAAUAAUCAGAAGAAAUAUAAACGUGAAAAAACAGAAUGAAUGUGAAGCAACAAAUCAGAAUCAAGUCCUGCCAUCCCGAGCAAGCAGUGUGAACUGUAUUUCAAAGGCUAUGAUCAAGACAGUAAAAAUGACAGUGGUGACAGUUGUUGCAUAUGUCCUCUGUUGGUCACCUUUCUUCAUUGCACAGCUGUGGUCCGUGUGGUUCCCCAGCAUCCUGACCGAAGGUUCGGCAUUCACCAUUAUAAUGCUCCUUGGCAAUCUAAAUAGUUGUACCAAUCCAUGGAUUUACAUGUAUUUCUGUGGCCAGAUUCCACAUUGCACAAAGAAGCAUCUGGAGAAUACCUCAGCUCAAGAGGAAUCCGUGUUCACAGGGAGCAUUCAUCUCGUAGAUAGAGACCCUGAGGAAAACAGUACUUCUGCAUAA